CCUCCGUGCAGCUCACUCGAACAUCGUUCGGUCCACUAUGGCUGCGCCCUCUGCGGGCGAUACAAGCGUCACCCGGCAAUUGUGGGAUGAAACCCUGACACGUUUAUUGAAUCUAUCUGACUCCACGCUCCAGCGCAAUGCUGAGCUAGAGGCACGGGUAGCCCAUUUAGAGCUCGAGCUCUCGGUAUGGAAGCAGGCACACUCCGCUGCGCUCGACACCGCAGAGCGCGAGAGCACCGCGCAUAAUGCUGCGGUGACCGCCCUCAAUCGGCAAAUGGCUUCCCUACAGGCCGCCCAGGCCGCCAACAAUAUCAAUCCUCUCAUAUUAUGCGUCAUCGAUAGUUUCGACGGUUACUUCUUUAAUUCUUCUCUACUCGUUCAGGGCUACCAAGGUGGUCGCCUUGCUGGCCAGCAGAUCGCUAGAUAUGUGGCGGAAUAUCUCCCCAGCGAGGAGGUUAAGGUCCUCGGCCGGGCGAGCUUCUGGGUCACCGUCUACUAUAACAAAAGCGGAUUGCUCGAACUAGUCAAUGACCGGCAGUUAUGCACGGCCGAGCAGCUCGAGUCUUUCCUACUCGGAUUUACGCAAGCAUCUCCUCGCUUCACGCUCAUUGACGUUGGUCCUGCCAAGGAUGUGGCUUUUGCAAAAAUCAAAGACUACCUUCGUACAUUCUCUGCUCUUCCACAGACUCUCCGCGUCUUCUUUGGCGGGGCCUACGACAUGACCCAUAUGGCCAUUUUGUCGGAACUCCAGAAUGAGAGCCUGCUAGGCAAAAUCAGGCUACUUCAAUGCAUGGACGGCACGCCCCUCGACAUCAACAAAUUCGGUCUGCCCCGGGUGCAAUUUGGGGGUCUGCUGGUAUCACACAAGUCGCCGAAGACACCACCUCCGAUUUCGCUCCCAAUUAUGACAGCACGGGGAACCGUUACAGUCGGCGGUCUUGUCAGCCCUCAGUCGCCUCCGCGUGCUACCCUGCAGACGUCCGGCCCCCGUUUGAUAGACCCAAGCAAGCCUCUACACCGGCAAGAGCCGCCUCCAUGCAACGAGUACUACCUCAUGACAUGCAACAAAGGGACGGCAUGCAAGUACUCGCAUGAAUAUCUAUUGACACCCGACCAACUGGCGACCCUCGCAGCUAACGCCAAGAAAGCGCCGUGCAACGCCAUCAAAAGAGGCUUAGAAUGCCCCGCGGGUGACCAGUGCUGCUGGGGUCAUGUCUGCCCUAACGGAAUCCGCUGCUUCCAUCUGUCGAAGGGGAAGUGCUGGUUCAAAGGCGAGGGCAUGCACCCACCCGAUCUCUGACCUGGUUUUCGCCGUCAGUCGCAUGCUGUGGGUUUGUCGCAUUAUCGUAUUCAAACUUCGCCGAGACCCUGCGGAGGGGGGUGUACUCCUAUAUUAAUGUAUACAUUGAAUGAAUUUGCUAUACCG